AUGGUAGUCCGUCCAACCCCGAUAGAGGAGCUGACGUCACCGCCGGUACAAUGGACGGCCAGAUUUCCAUUUCCUUCUCAGUCCGAUCUUUUUCCUCAUCUUUCGAUCGACACCCAACCCAUCAUUAUUACCCACACCAAAAAAUCCCGCUGUUUCCCUCUUUCUCCACCACCGAACCCGAAACCGUUCAUGCAUCGCCCGACCAGGACCCGCGCCCCCGGUGGCCGGGAUGACUGUUGGAGUGAGGACGCAACAUCGACGCUAAUCACGGCGUGGGGCGACCGUUACCUCCAGCUGAACCGCGGCAAUCUCCGUCAGAAUGACUGGAAGGAGGUGGCGGACGCCGUUAACUCUGGACUAAACGGCGGCGUCAAGGCGUCCAAGACGGACGUCCAGUGCAAAAACCGCAUCGACACCCUGAAGAAAAAGUACAAACUGGAAAAGUCAAAGCCUAGCCCUUCCACGUGGCCCUUCUACCACCGCCUCCACUCCCUCAUCGGCUCUUCACCGGACGCCGCCGUUUCGACCAAAAGAAAGCCCUCAAUUCCCACUCUCACUGUCAAAUCCCUAGACCUUAAGCCUAAGCCCCUGGGUGGGUCCAGGGAGAGCUCAAUUGGAUGUGAAGAUGGUGAGGAUUGUAAUGGUGAUGGUGUAAGGAAGCGUCGGAUGGAGGCGGUGGGGUUAUCGGGUGGAGCGGCGUGCAGGGAAUUGGCGGGGGCAAUAUUGAAAUUUGGGGAAUUAUACGAGAGGAUGGAGAAUUUGAAACAGGAGCAGAUGAUGGAGCUGGAGAAACAGAGGAUGGAGUUCACAAAAGAACUCGAGUUCCAGAGGUUGAAUAUGUUCAAGGAUGCUCAGGUCGAGCUGGAGAAGAUGAAGCGCCCCAGGUGUGCUCCUUGUAGAGGUAGCUUGAAAAAUACAUUCUGGGUCUUGUUUGAUUGUUAA